AUGCCAGUCGAAGUAACAGCCGUUCUGACCAAACGAUGCGCAGUUUAUCAUUCUGGCGAAACUGUGGAAUGCACGAUCUCACUGCACAAUAGUAGUGAUCCGUCAAACGGUCCUGUCGAGACUCUGGCCUGGUGCAGCGCCCAGAUUCUUUGCCAGGAGAUUCUGAAUAGCAGAAAGGUAAACAAGAUCAAAAGCUCUGAAAGCUUGUCUCAGUCCGACAUCGCUUCGCAUGGAACCUCCUUUCUGCCGUCUAGGGGUGAAUGCGGCUCCACCGUGUAUUCAUCGAAGCCAGUGAUUCUCGGCUGCGACGUACAACUACUUCCGGGGCAGACGAAAAUAUUGCUGUACGAGGACAACCUGCCGCUCGAAGACGUGUACAACGUGGUGAUGGACAAUGAAAAGGUUUGCCGAGUUAGUUUGAAGAAAAAAUCGUUUCGGUUAGGAGAGGACAUUCCCGUGACAUUGAACUUUGAAGAAUGCGACGUCGCCUGUUAUGAGGUAGUAGAGUGA